AUGGACUUACUAUAUUGUAUAUAACUACGCUUAAUACCAAAAUUCAUAAAAAUUUAACCAAAAACCCCAUCGCAGAAUUUCUCCAUUUACGCCCCUCAGCACCUUCUCUCUCUCUCUCUCUCUCUCUCUCUCUCUCUCCCGAGCAGUGUCCAGCGCAGCACAGAACAACAACAGCAACAAUGGAAUUUGUUCAGACGCUGGGAUCCGCCUCUUCUUCCUCUUCUUCUUCUUGAUAACUACGACUUUCACCAUUUUCUUGUUUUUACCACCAAAAGUCUCGUUGGCAUUGGGUUUGUGAUUUCUGAAUCAAGCUAAACAUAGUUGGAAGAUUAAAUUCCGGGGCGAAAAAUUUGCAUCUUUCUGGAGAAAAAAAGUUUGGAUUUUCUAAUUGAUUUGAAGGGGACCGAACUAUGUUGUCGAAAGGUCAGCAUCAGACGGUCCCAUUGUCUGUGCUGUUGAAGCGUGAAUUAGCCUCUGAGAAGAUUGAAAAGCCGGAGAUUUCUCAUGGCCAAGCCAGCCAGAGCAAGAAAGGAGAAGACUUUACUCUUCUCAAGACUGAAUGCCAGAGGAUUCUGGGAGAUGGGGUCACCACCUAUUCGGUUUUCGGGCAAAGUGGAGGAUAUUGGCAACCCCAUUUCUUUGCAAUGCUAAUUCUUACUGGAUGCAUUUUUUCACAACUUUUGCAGUUGUUUGAUGGGCAUAACGGGUCUGCAGCUGCUAUAUACUCCAAAGAACAACUCUUGAAUAACAUUUUGAGUGCAAUUCCACCAGACCUCAACAGAGAUGAAUGGGUCUCUGCUUUGCCAAGGGCUUUAGUUGCUGGGUUUGUGAAAACAGAUAAAGAUUUCCAAGAAAGAGUGCAAACUUCUGGCACAACAGUCACAUUUGUUAUAAUUGAGGGAUGGGUUGUAACAGUUGCCUCAGUUGGUGAUUCUCGAUGUGUUCUUGAAUCUGCUGAAGGGGAAAUAUAUUAUCUAUCAGAAGAUCACCGACUUGAAUGCAAUGCAGAGGAGAGGGAACGCAUUACAGCAAGUGGUGGAGAGGUUGGUCGGCUUAACACUGGUGGGGGAACAGAGAUUGGUCCGUUAAGGUGUUGGCCUGGUGGGUUAUGCCUCUCAAGAUCCAUCGGAGAUAUGGAUGUUGGCGAGUAUAUAGUUCCCGUCCCUUAUGUAAAGCAAGUAAAGCUUUCCUCAGCUGGUGGGAGGCUUAUUAUAGCGAGUGAUGGUGUCUGGGAUGCAGUAACUGCAGAAACAGCUUUUGAAUGUUGCCGUGGAAUGCAACCAGAUGCUGCAGCUUCACAAAUUGUUAAAGAAGCCAUACAACCAAAAGGUCUCCGGGAUGACACAACAUGCAUUGUGAUUGAUAUACAACCUCCAGAGAAGCCAAACCCUCCCCGGCCACAGCACAAAAAGACAGGAAAAGGAGUAUUUAAGGCUAUGUUCCGCAAAAAGAUUUCUGAAUCUUCUUCCAAUGCAGAGAAAGAUUAUUGCGAAUCAGAUGGGGUCGAGGAACUAUUUGAGGAAGGAUCAGCAUCACUUGCAGAAAGGUUGGAUACGAGGUACCCAAUUUGUAAUAUGUUUAAGUUGUUCGUGUGUGCUGUGUGCCAAGUGGAGAUAAAACCUGGAGAAGGUAUUUCGGUUCAUGCUGGAUCAGCAGAUUCAAGAAAGCCACGGCCUUGGGAUGGUCCUUUUCUUUGCUCGAGCUGCCAAGAGAAGAGGGAAGCCAUGGAAGGGAAACGACUUUAUGGAGAUGGCAGAUACAGUAGUUGGAGCGACUAGUUAUCCUCGCAUACAAACUAUUCACACGAUCAGUCACUAACAAUUGAUUCAUGGCUUAUUGUAUUUGGGGAAGGUGGAAUUCACACACAGACCAAAUUCCUCCUACCCAUCUUCAGUGAAGGAACGAGUGUCGAUUCUUCUUGUGACAUACCCGAGAUAAAAGCAUCAUCUUUGUUUAUGUCUCCUUUAGGUCAAAAGAAGCAGUGUUUGCGUAGUACAUAGCUGGGCCGGAUUCUAACAAAUUGUUUCUCUCAUGGAGUUCUUCCGGUUCUCCAUUUGAAGCCUCGUGGUUGUGGAGAAUACUGCAUAGCAAGAAACACGAGAGGUAAUUACAUCACAACCAGCAGCAUCGAUAUCUGUUUAGUGUAGGGUUAAUAGUGAGUGAGUGAAACAUAUUGUUAUCUAGGAAGCUGUUUUAGGAUUUUUCAAUUUUUUUUUCCCACUCAUCCGACGGGGAGAAACUAGCUGAUCAUCGCGAUUAUUAUUGUAUUCGUUCUUGUAGCAUUGAUUUGUUCCUUCAUUCCCAGGCUUGAAAAAGAACAGAACAAGAAAAAGAUUGAAUCCACAUCUGAGAGUUCCUUUCUGCCAAAGGCAGACAAAACAAUGGUCUCUGUAUCUAUGAAAUACUACCUACCAGUCUGAUUGAUUGAU